CACCUGGAAAGACUUCCUCCUCGCGAACCCUGGGGCUCUCCUAUGGAGCCAUGCCUGUUAAGAAUGCUACGGCCUGGUACCGGCGGAUGUCUAUUCUCUACGCAGUCGGCGCCUGGUCGGUGCUGGGCUCGGUGUUUUUCAUUACACGGAAACAGAAGCGAUCAGGCUGUGAAGAUCAAGAUGGCUCAAGGAAUGAAACACCUCUUUCUACAAGUGAAGAUUCUGAUUUAGCAACAGAAAGGACCGAGCCUGCUAAAGGGUUUUAUAUGGAAACAGUUAUAAAGUAUUCAGAAAGUCCUGUUCCAGUCACUCAAAUGAUCCUGACCUAUCUGAAGUCAUGGACUGGUGGACCUGGCCCACAAGGAUGAACAGCUGCUGAAUUCUGGAAACAAGGACUUGGCUCAGUAUUUGGAGAGAUGCCUUGAUUUCCGUUUCAUGUUUGUGGAGAGAAUGUAUUUAAUUUAGUUUUAUAAACUAUAAGCAUUAAUAAUGUGCAACAAAUGUUUUCUUGAAGGUACUGAACACACAAUUCAAGAGGUAAAAUUCUCUUAUGUUUCCAUGGCUGAAAGGUUGAUCUAAAGCCAUUAAAUUUUAAAAAAUAUGUGUGUGAGCACAGGCAUGUAUGCGUGUUGUACGUGUGUGUGUAGGUCAGAGGACAGUUUGUAGGAGUUGGUUGUCUCCUUCCACUGUGUGGAUCAAACUCAAGUCAUCAGGCACCUGCUGAAUCCUCUCACUGCCUCUGAAAUUUCAGUUUUUAAAAAUCUACUUAUGGGGCUGGAGAAAUAGCUCAGCAGUUCAGAGUACUUGCUGCUCUUCCAGAGGACCAGAGUUCAGCACCCUCAUCCAGCACAUUCACAGACUCUAGUUCCAGGGGUUCUGAUGCCAUUGGCCCUAGUGGGCACCUGCACUCAAGUGCACGUUUCUGCUUGAAGAUGUACACACCUGAAUAUAAUUUAAAACAAUAAAAACAAAUCUUAAAAAUA